AAACGUGUUUUUUAUUGUUACACGGUACUGUGACAGAAACGCCUAACAACUGACAUAUUGGUAUGAGUCAUUUGUCACAUGAACGGAACGUGUUUUGAGUGGAACAACCCGCCACACCCCACCAGCCUUGCCCAGCCCAAAGUUGACUCAUCGGGGUUUUGUAAGUGGAUCCCAUCGAGCAGACAUGUUCUCUCCCUCACUCCUUUAGCACAAUCUUUUUCUUUUAAGCUGCUUUACAGUCCAGAGAAACCAAAGCAACAUGAAGUUUGUUUUGUCAGCCUGUUUACUUUUUCUCCUGGCAAAAGGCACAUUUACGCAGGAAGGAUUUGACCUGUCUGAUGCGCUUGAUGAUGUAGAGCCAACUCCACCAAAAGCAGAAGCCCCAGCAAAUCCUAAAGAUGAUGAUGGAUUUGACCUAUUUGAUGCCCUAGGACCAGAUGAACCGAAGAAACCUAAUAAACCUAAACCUAACCCUGGAGGUUCUGACCCAAAUGAAAAACCUGACAAACCUGCAAUCAAGCCCCCAAAGCCUGGAGGAGGUGGAGGCAGUUCUUUUGAUGAUAAAGACUUGUAUGACCUAGGUGGUGGAGAGUACAAGCCUGAGGGAGGUGGAGGUCGUGCUGACCAGCCCUACGAUACUGGUGAUCAGCCUCAAGACCCAGAUCUUCCGUGGCGCCAAAUCCUGAAGAUGCUAAUUUCUAACAUGCCGGAGGAAUUCUUUAUGUGGCUGUCCAAUACUAAACAGAUCUUAGAGAGGAUCUUGGAACUGGUGCAAACUUUGGUCUGAUUGGACUAAUUCUUGAAGAGGAUUGACAUUUAGAUAACUCUCAGCUUUGUACCUUUUACUAAGGGACUUUAUUAUGGGUAUUCAAAGAAAGUCCAAUUCAAAUGGACUUUUUGUCUUGUUUUAUUUACGGGGCUUUCUCAACUCAGACUGAAGGCUUGGCCCAGGAAAUGUACUUUCGCCAGGUCCUUGUUGAUGUCAGACACAUUAGUUACAAAGUUGUCCCUUCUUAGGAAAGGACCACAAAUCACUGCAACAUUUGUCAAUGUCACACAAAAAACUUGAGCAUUUCCAACGAUUACAGCCAAAACUACUUGGGUUUCCUCGUCACAGUUCUCGUUGGAACAUUUGUUCUUCUCUCCUGUCUCCUUUUCAUGUUUUUGGCUUUCAUUGUUUGGGUUGCAUAUUCAUAGUCUGUUGCUAUUUGUUUUGUGUGCAGAAUGUAGGUCACUGUUUUUGUAUUAUUAGCAGUACUUGAUGUAAAUAUCAACCAAAAAUGGUGCCAGGUGUCAGUUUUAAUGAAGCUGCACAUUUUUUCAUCAUGAUUCUGAUUCAUUCAAGAUCAUUAGAGCUACAUGUUUUAGAGUAGAAAUGUAAGUGUGAUGUACACAUCUAGCAGCAUGAUGAAAUAUUGUAUGGUGAUGCCAUCUACAUUAUCUCAUCACGGGUAUACUGUCCAUGUCAUAUUACUUUGGGGCUUUUAAGGAUAUAUUUGUUUGAUUGAUUUUAUUUAUAAUUUUUUUUCUCCAGGGUGAAACAAUUUGUAAAAAAAAAAAAAAAAAAAAAAGCAAAUUAAUAAAACAAGCAUUUGGUGCAGAAGUCUGAAUUUACUUUGGACUUUUUUCUAAUGUGCA